GAGUCACGUCUGACUGGCGACAGCCACAACAGCUGACGAGUCCGUGCACGAAACCGGCAGACACUGCGAAAAACCUCCUCGCGGAAAAGUAGACUCUUUUAGGAUCGAAAUUGAGCGUGCCCCAGACCAACGGUCAAUGAAUUGGAGAUCUCGCUUCCCUUCGAAAUCAGAAGACCCGCAUAACUCGUUCCGUAAUUUCUCAUGGGGAGAUCAUUCAUGAUCGGCGUGGCGUGCCUCGCGAGUCUAGCGGCAUCGACUGGGGCUUCUACGGAAAUUGAGGAACUGCCACCAAGCGAGAGGAGCGUUUUUGAGCGAAACCUGGUCUCGGAGAAUGUGGCAUGGAAAGACAUCGUGACCCACCAGAAAGCCUACAGCACGUUGCUGCAGCACAGCAGGAACUUCUCCGGGAAUGUUUUGGCCUAUGUGACUCCUUGGAAUAACCACGGAUACGAUGUGGCGAAGAUCUUCGGCUCGAAAUUUACCCACGUUUCACCCGUUUGGCUACAACUGAAACUCGAGGGAUCGUCUUUUGUGAUAUCGGGUCAGCAUGAUGUGGAUCGGGGAUGGAUCAGAGAAGUCCGCGAUACCGGAGCGAAGAUGCUGCCUCGUGUACUGUUUGAGGGCUGGUCCCCGCAACAGAUACUCGACGUUUCUUCGUCUGCCGGGAGAACCUCGUCGCUGGGGAAAGUUCUCACGAAACUCGCGCACGAAAAUGAUUUCGACGGCUACGUGUUCGAGUUGUGGUCUCAGUACAAUUACAGCGGCAAACUCGCAAAUGCCUUGAUCAAAAUCAUACGGGGUCUCUACGAGCCGCUGCGUUCAUCGGAACUAGCCUUGAUAUUGGUCAUCCCCCCUCCGCUAUACGACGAUAAUGUCCAGGGUAUGUUCAGCAGAAGUCAUUUCGAACAACUUCGAGAUCACGUGACGGCCUUCUCGUUGAUGACCUACGACUACUCGAGCCCGCAGAGGCCCGGACCGAACUCGCCGAUCCAAUGGGUCCGGAAGUGUGUGGAAAGUCUGCAGCCCACCGAGAGCGAGUAUCGAGCCAAGAUCCUGAUAGGAUUGAACUUCUACGGAUACGACUAUACGGCUGUUGGAGGAGGCGCAAUCGUCGGCAAUCAAUUCGUCGAAAUGCUGCAGAAACACAAACCGAAAAUCGCAUGGAACGAGGAGUUCGCGGAGCAUUACGUUCAGAUUCGAGGGAACGAAGGACAUCACGUCAUGUUCUUCCCGACCUUGAAAGCUAUCUCCAUGCGGCUGGCCCUGGCGACAGAAUUGGGUUGUGGAAUCUCGAUCUGGGAAGUGGGUCAGGGGAUGGAUUAUUUCUACGAUCUACUUUGAAAUGAGAGCUCUUCCCUUUUAGGAGCUCCUAUGGCGGCUCGCGACCGCACUCAUUCUGACUAUUACCUGAGAAAAACGAAAAUAAAAUUCAUUCGGUAACACGCCGACAAACCCG